AUGAGCACAACUCGGUCCCCAUUCGGCUUUCGCCUUGAACCGAGCACGCAAACGUCGAGACAGCAUCCCACGAGCGGCUACCUGCUGGCGCAUGUUCCGGUGACCAUGUCGGACGACGACAAGACGCUCAGCGAGACCAUCAUCGAGGGAGCGACGGCCAUGGAGAAAUGCAAGGUGAUGGAGCCCAUCGCGGCCGAGGUGAAGAGCCUCGUGAACGAAUACGGUGAGGUGAUUGACGGCAUCGGCACCGUCUUUGCCGUCGUGGACGUCUUCUGGAACAUUUAUUCGAGCAUGGAAAAGGCCGAGGAUCCCGCCCAGCAGCAGGCCAUGGUGCAGCAGAUCACUCGCGCUGGUGCGUUGCCCUGCGUCGUUGCUCUUUCCUCUCCGUUGCUCCUUUCUCCGUUGCUCCUUCCUCUCCAUUGCUCCAUCCCCCCAUCUCUCUUUCCUCCCUUGUCCCUUGCGCCUUCCCUCUCCCCGCGCCAAUGCGAGCAAGGGAAACCCGGGCCGAUAGAUGGGCCGGCGGCUGAUGCAUCAUGUGGCGGCGAAACAGUCGACGGCAUGAUUACGCGGGCAACGGCCGAGAUCAAGCACCACACCAACCAGAAAGAGGUCUCGGCCGCCGUCAUCGCCGUCAACGCCGUCAUGAUCCUCUAUCGCAACCUGCAGGGCGUCGUGCGGUGCAAGUUCACCAUGGACAAGUGGCGGCGCGGCAUGACCAAGGCCGUCGUCGACGAGGCCAUGUACGAGAUGACGCGCCUCGUCGGGGUCUGGGUCCUCGUCGUCCGCGGCUUCGAGCGCAUGAGCGACCUCUCCUACUCGCCCGGCAUCGUCCACUUUCACGUCGGCGGUCACGGUCGGCCCGAGUUCACCAAGUCCGGCACGCAAGACUUGCGCACUCGGCUCGGCACUUGA